UUGCUGACUCCGCCCCUCUCUAACUCAGAUGUUGGAGGAGAGAAAGAGAGAGAGGAGAAAAAAGGCCAGCAACAGUGUGACGGACAACACAAGCCCCUCCGCUCCGUCAGUGUAGUAGUGGAUGUCCUCUCUCCUCCUCCUCCUCCUCCUCUCUCCGUGAACGGAGAGCCGAGCCGAGCCGAGCUGAGCCAAAACCCGAGCCGCAUGCUUUUUUUGCAGUGCAAAAAAAACAAAAAAAAAAAAACAAAGGGAGGAGGGGGGAGGAAAGAAAAUGGACCGGCAGACAGCGUUAGCAGCACAGGCAGCAUCACCCAGUGAAGACCGACACAGUUUUUAAGGGUCCUGUUAUAAUCUGGUGGACACGUGGACAUGAAGAAAUAGAAGCAUCAGUUGAGGCCCUCCAGCUGACCUCUGGGCUCAAUCCUGGCCGUGGGGGCUUUGUCGUUGGUGGGCCAGUUCAACAGGCGUGCAUGUGAGUGAGAGGUGAUGAAGUCCAGUAUGAGGCAGUGGCGGAGGUUGGUGCUGGUGGGAAUGCUGGCCUGGGCUCUCCUCUUCCUCGCCCUCCUUUCUUACUUUCUGGAUGCUCGUGUGACUGAGCCCCUGACCUCUGCUGGCUCUUUACUCUCCCAACACCCCGACACCCGUCGCCUGGCCUCUAUACAGGCCACCCAUCAACAGAACGCCAACCUGGGCUCUCGACCUGAACAGGUUUCCAGCUUAACUACAACCAACCCCAGAGAUGAGCCGGAGCCUUCUGCCAGCUCCACGACGCCAGAGUUCGGCCUGGAGGCGAGCCACAGCCCCAACAGUGCUCCCUAUGCCAUGUAUGGUGGCAAUGAAGCCAGCCAACAGGACUACCUGGACCCACAGAGCCUGGCUGCCUGGUCCUCGUUUGGUACAGAAAAUGUCGGUUCUCACUCGGACCCGAUAGUCCAGAGCCGUGAGAGAACGUCCCAGACUACAGAGUACCAGAACCAUGUGAGCGCCACACGUGACCACGGCGGGGAGGAGGACGAAGAAGACGAGAGAGAAAAUGAAGAUGAAGAACUAGAAAACAGGAUGAGGACUACAGCAGGCAGUAGGGCUGGUGGUGACUCCUCUGAUCUGGAGGAAUAUAACUUCUCCAAGUCGGCCUCUGUGGUUCAGCGGCUGUGGCGUGGCCGAGCGUCCGCCAGCAUGCUGAGCCCUCGGCUGCAGCGUGCCAUGAAGGAGUACGUCAGCGGCAACAAACACCACGUUUCCUACAAGGGGCAUCGCAGGGCCGCUCAGAGCGCCAAAGAGCUGCUGUGUCAAAUGAAGGCCCAGGCCCGGCUGAGGACAGUGGACGGGUCGGAGCCGCCCUUCUCCUCGCUCGGUUGGGCUCGUCUGGUGCCGGCUCUUCCCCUGGAGGAGCUGCACAGACGGCAGGACCAGAGCAGCUUCAAGACCUGCGCGGUGGUCACCUCGGCCGGAGCCAUCCUGCGCUCAGGACUGGGCAAAGAGAUCGAUACUCACGAUGCAGUUUUACGGUUCAACGCGGCACCCACGGAGGGAUACGAGAGAGAUGUGGGCAACAAAACCACUAUUCGCAUCAUUAACUCGCAGAUUUUGGCCAAUCCUAGACAUCGAUUCAACACAAGCUCAAUCUACAAGAAUGUGACUCUGGUGGCCUGGGAUCCUGCACCUUACACCGUCAACUUACAAAAGUGGUAUGCCAGUCCCGACUACAACCUGUUCGGUCCGUACACGGAGCACCGCAAGCUCCAUCCUGGCCAGCCCUUCUACAUCCUUCACCCCAGCUAUGUGUGGAAACUCUGGGAUGUGAUUCAGGGCAACACUCAGGAGAAUAUCCAGCCCAAUCCUCCCUCGUCCGGCUUCAUAGGGAUCCUCCUGAUGAUGGCGCUGUGCGAGAAGGUGCACGUGUACGAGUACAUUCCCUCCAUGAGACAGACAGACCUUUGCCACUACCACGAGCGUUAUUAUGACGCCGCCUGUACACUGGGUGCCUACCAUCCCCUCCUGUACGAGAAGAGCCUGAUCCAGCGAAUAAACGCCGGGCCCGAGAGCGAUCUCAGGAGGAAGGGACGGGUCACUCUUCCCGGCUUCAGCACCGUCAACUGUGACAUCUGAGAUAUGAAACGUGAUCCUCUGAGCCAGAACACACACACAAACACACACACACACACACACACACACACACACACACACACACACACACUGGCCUUUUCUGGCUGACUAAGGGAGAGGUGCAAUAAAACCACUGGAGACAUGGAGGCUGGAGCUUAGAAGUUUCAAAUUAGACCCAUGAAGAACAUAAGCCAUAGCCCUCCAGGAGGGAUCAACGUGGGGGCUUCGUGUCUUCACUGAGAUGGUUUACUAGACCAGAGACUGGCAGGAAAAAGUCUCCGAGACGGAGCCGGGAAAAAAAAGACAUUUCUCUCUGCUUUAGCUGAGCCACGUUAGCUGUGGAGCUGACUAGGGUAGCAACAGAUCCGUGUUUUUAGAUAGACAAGUGGAUUUUUUUCAAUAACUGCGUGUUUCAAUGGUGUAAACUCUGUGUUUUUCAAUAGUAUGGGUGGUUCUCCACUUAAAGGAAAUGCCACUGUUUAUAAUAGUGGGUAUUUGUGAGGUUUUCUUUACUGGUCCCAAAGGGUUGUGAAUAAGCAAAGAAUAAAUAAAAACACGCUGAAUGUCAUAAAUGCAGCACACACACGCUCACAAACACACUAACGCAUUACUGUACAUGUCAUGAUUCCUGUUUGACAUUCCUCUGAUAUCUUCUUACGGAAAACCAGAAGUUUCGUGUCGUUGCGGGGGAGUUUUCUUUUUCACACGGCUGAGCUGUCCUGUGCAUGCCGACCUGCCUGCCAGCAGAUUCUCACACGGUUAGGAUGAUUCCUGUUUCUCAGUUCAUAUCUGAUUGUUAUUGGGGCCAAAAUGGAUCUUGAGAACAAUCCGGUGCUCAGAACAGCCGUAACCCUGUGCCUAGUGGUCAGAUGAACACUUCCCUCGGGUUGCCUUGCGACUGUUCGGAUACAUGCAGUACAUAACUGUGGUGGGACUGCAGUAGCGUGGUGUAUAAUUGCCGUGAGAGGUGCGGAGCAGUUUGAUAUUGCUGAAGUGAGCUGCAUCAGGGGGAUUCUUAGCUCUGCCUCAGCGAUCACCAGCCCCUGUUUUUGACAGUUCACUCCUUUUUAUUGAAUGUAAUUUCACCACUGCACGUUAUGGCCAAACCUCCUUCCUCCAUCCUUGCAACUCCCUGCAGUACGCUCUACAUAUGUGCAGGGUUAUUCCUUUGUCUCCGUCACGCAUGAAGCUCAUUUCCUACGACUUUAAAUGUUCCUGAAUCCUCUAAUCUUUGUCUGUACCUGUCAGACUGCAGCUCAGAGCGCAGACAAUUAAAAACAAAAAGAGGAAUUUGAUCCAAUAAUAGCAGAUUUGCUUCGUCGCCGGGUAGGAUGAGUUAUAUAUUUUUUGUUAUGUUUACAGUCAGUCAGUGCCACAUCUGCGACGAGAGGUAUUAGUUCAAGCGUGGAGACAUUCAGUCAGUGAAAUCUUGCCUAUAACGGAGAUUUUUUUAUUGCUAAGUGUGUAAUUGAAAAAUGUUCUUGUGCCAUUGGUUGUGGUUCUUAAUAAGAUGUGAAAACUUUGUCUCGGAAAUGUUGAUUUGAAUAGUGUGACGUACGUUGAAUUAGACGGCUCUGUAGCAGUAGUAAUGUGUAGAUAAGCCCGGGGCUUUAGUUGUUAAGUUGGGCUGGGUAUCAUCCGAAAUGUGCCAGUGCUUCAAAAAGUACUGACGCCAAAAACACAAACACAUUUUUUGAAAUCCUUUUUUUCUACAAAAACUUUUUAUACCUGAUGAUAAAAGAAAAGAAUCGAGCAUCUGACGUUGUAUUUGGCGCCAAUUUUCAAUACUUGA